UUAAUGUACAACUAAAACCUCCAACUCUCUUAUCACAUGUACAAUCAAGAUUUAGUUAAUAUCAGAAGUGUACAUCCGAAGUCCUUUCGCACGUCGGUAAAAUUAUGCUAUCUCUUCUUCUUCUUCAUUCUUUAUUGUGCCGGAUUCCUCAUGAGCAUUAUCGCACAAAUGGACUAUGUACAGUUAAAAUAGGAGUCGUGUGACAGGUUAGAAGCAGGAACAAAACAAGUUUUCUUAAUCAUAAAGAGAUAUGGAUUUGUAAAAUACAAAUUUGAUCCAAAACAAUGGCCAUGGAUGUGAUGGCGGUGGAGAACAUCAUUCAGAAAGCUAUUGCAAGCAAAUCAGAAGUUGUGAACUUGAGUCAUCGCAACAUAAAAGUUCUGUCUAACAAUAUUAGUCAACUAACACAUGUCAUAAGACUGUUACUGAAUGAUAAUGAGAUUUUAAUGCCUCCAACUGAAAUUACACAGCUAUUGCAAUUACAGGAGCUGGUUUUGAACAACAACAGAUUGACAAUGUUGCCACAGGGUGUUGGAAAGCUUCAGAAUUUGACUUAUUUGAAUUUGUGUGGGAAUCCACUUGGAUUUCUACCUGAUGAGUUCUGUGAGCUUAUAACCUUGCAUCAGCUAUGGCUAGUUAACUGUCAGCUAAAAUCAUUACCUAAUGACAUUGGAAACUUGAAAUUACUUGAGAAAUUGAGUGUUCGUGAAAAUGCACUAAACUCACUACCAAAAUCUUUUUAUAAUUUAAUAUCACUACAAUGGCUUUGCUUAGCAGAAAAUAUGUUUGAAGAAUUAUCAUCAGAAUUCAAAGACUUUAAACAGCUAACAUAUUUGAAUUUAAAUUACAAUUGUCUCGCAGAAGUUCCCUGUUGUGUUCUUGAGAUGUCAGAACUAGUUACACUGCUUUUAAAAAAUAAUGUGAUCAAAACUGUUAGUGAUGAUACUAUUCUUGGACUUGCAAAGUUAACAAAGUUUGAUUUAAGAGAUAAUAUGAUUGAUAUAAAACCUGAUCACUGGAAGGGUUUAGAUUACAUUCUAAUAGGUAAAAGUGGAUUAGAUGAAGAUGUUAGUGUGGACGAUGAUGUGGAGGAAGAUGAACAAGAUGAUGAAGAUGAUGAUGAUGACAGUGAAGAUAAUGAAACUGAUGAAACAAAAAAAUAAAAAUGUUCCCUUUUA